AUGUCGGACAAGGACAAGGACGAACAUGUCGGCAGCGUCGAGCAUGUUCACGAUGCCGCCACCGAGGCCGACCUCGGCCGCAUUGCCGAGAGCCAGGAGCACCAACUCAACAUGCUGCAGGCCAUCCGCAAGCAGCCGCUGGUCUUUGCCUGGGCCUUUUUUGCCAACGUGACCUGUCUGCUGGUCUCGUUUGAGAACCAGGCCGGCGGCACCGUCUUGAGCAUCCCCGAGUUCCGUAAGGACUUUGGUUACGCCUUUGAGGGCUCCUACGUGCUCGAGACUAAGUGGCAGUCAGCCUUUUACGGUGGCGGCAUCGCUGCCUCCAUUGUCGGCACCUUUGGUGCUGGCUUCUUGGCCGACAUUGUCGGUCGCCGCCCGGUCAUCAAUGGUGCCCUGCUGCUCUCGUUCGCCUCGGUCUCGCUCGAGUACGUCGCCACCACCAACGGCAUCUUCUUCGCCGGAAAGUUCCUCAACGGCCUUGUCGCCGGCAUCCUCAUGACUGUCUCCAUCACGUACGUCGGCGAGAUCACGCCGCUCGCUCUUCGUGGCCUCACCACCUGUCUCUCGGCCCUCAUGAUGACCAUUGGUCCCCUCACCGCCGCUAUCAUCGUCGAGAAGACCGGCACGACCAACUCCCGCUGGGCGUACCGCGCCAUCUUCUGCUCCCAGUACGCCUUCUCUGGCCUCUGCAUCCUCUUCGCCCCCUUCAUGCCUGAGUCGCCCAUGUGGCUGCUCAGUUCCGGCCAUCGCGACCGUGCCGUUGCUUCCCUUCGCCGCCUCGGCUAUCGCAGCCCCGACCUCGACGUCCGCCUCUCCCAGAUCCAGACCAUGCUCGACGGCGCCCGCGAAGAGGCUGCUGGCGGCACUUAUCUCGACUGCUUCCGCCGCUCCAACCUGCGCCGCACCGUCAUCUCCGUCAUGCCCAUGGCCAUCCAGGCCCUCAGCGGCGUCUACUUCAUCGCCUCCUACGGCACCUACUACAUCCAGCUCGCCGGCUACAGCACCAACGCUAGCUUCAAGCUCAACAUCGUCCAGCAAGGCCUCGCUAUGUUUGGCAACAUCUGCUCCUGGUAUCUUGUCGACCACGUCGGUCGGCGCUCCCUUACUCUCUAUGGCACCAUCUCCAUCACCAUCAUCCUACUCAUCGCUGCCAGUCUGGCCACCGAGGGCAGUCCUGGCGCCAUCAAGGGUUCCGUCGCCUUCAUCAUCAUCUACAACUACUUCUACAACGUUUCCCUCGGCGCCACUGCCUACACUCUCCUCUGCGAGGUCUCUACCUCCAAACUCCGCGUCAAAACUAUCUCCAUCGGCGUCGCCUUACAGUAUGCCAUCUACUGUGUUUGGGCCUUUGUCAUCCCCUACAUGUUCAACCCCAACGAGGCCAACAUGGGGGCCAAGACCGCCUACGUCUUUGGCGGCCUUGGUAUGCUCUGCAUCGUCUAUCUCUGGUUCUACCAGCCCGAGACUGCCGGCCGCAGCUUCCAGGAGCUCGAUGAGAUGUUCCAGAAGGGCGUCAGCGUCCGUGACUUCCGCACAUACAAGUCCGAUUUUCAGACAAGGGACGAGAAAGAAAUGGCACAGAAAGCGGCAGACAACUAA